AUGAGGUCGGUGACGCAUGUGCACCCUUUCGUGAUCCCAGUAGAUCUUACACGACCAAUGGAGGCAGCUAUCAAAACUGCCAAGGUGGAGCAAAAAGAACUUGAUGCACUGGAUGACAGGAUUCAGCAGCAAGACAUCACACUAGAUCUCGUGGCAUCCAUUGAUCCCAAGUUCUGGAAGUUUAGCGGUGCUUUUGUGGGGGCGUUGACUACAUUCUACGCGGUGAAGUCAAAGACUCGCUCCUGGUUCGAAGACCGUAAGUAG